CGACCACAGCGAGAGAAGCAGCACCCUAGCCGCCUGCAGCCCCAACCUGGGAGGAAGAUGCUAAUUAAAGUGAAGACGCUGACUGGAAAGGAGAUUGAGAUUGACAUUGAACCCACAGACAAGGUGGAGCGAAUCAAGGAGCGUGUGGAAGAGAAAGAGGGGAUCCCCCCACAACAGCAGCGGCUCAUCUACAGUGGCAAACAGAUGAAUGAUGAGAAGACAGCCGCUGAUUACAAGAUUCUAGGCGGGUCGGUCCUCCACCUGGUCUUGGCUCUCAGAGGAGGAGGUGCUCUUGGGCAGUGAUGACCCUCCUUGCCCUGUGGCUCCUAAUGAAGCAUCACAUGUCUUCUCACUCUCUGGGACACCAGAACUACUGCCCCCUCCCUUGGA